AUGCUCCUCAUCACAUCCGACCAGCAUCUGGAUGCUCCUCAUCACAUCCGACCAGCAUCUGGAUGCUCCUCAUCACAUCAGACCAGCAUCUGGAUGCUCCUCAUCACAUCAGACCAGCAUCUGGAUGCUCCUCAUCACAUCAGACCAGCAUCUGGAUGCUCCUCAUCACAUCAGACCAGCAUCUGGAUGCUCCUCAUCACAUCAGACCAGCAUCUGGAUGCUCCUCAUCACAUCAGACCAGCAUCUGGAUGCUCCUCAUCACAUCCGACCAGCAUCUGGAUGCUCCUCAUCACAUCAGACCAGCAUCUGGAUGCUCCUCAUCACAUCAGACCAGCAUCUGGAUGCUCCUCAUCACAUCAGACCAGCAUCUGGAUGCUCCUCAUCACAUCAGACCAGCAUCUGGAUGCUCCUCAUCACAUCAGACCAGCAUCUGGAUGCUCCUCAUCACAUCCGACCAGCAUCUGGAUGCUCCUCAUCACAUCAGACCAGCAUCUGGAUGCUCCUCAUCACAUCCGACCAGCAUCUGGAUGCUCCUCAUCACAUCAGACCAGCAUCUGGAUGCUCCUCAUCACAUCAGACCAGCAUCUGGAUGCUCCUCAUUACAUCAGACCAGCAUCUGGAUGCUCCUCAUUAUUCACAUCAGACCAGCAUCUGGAUGCUCCUCAUUAUUCACAUCAGACCAGCAUCUGGAUGCUCCUCAUCACAUCCGACCAGCAUCUGGAUGCUCCUCAUCACAUCCGACCAGCAUCUGGAUGCUCCUCAUCACAUCCGACCAGCAUCUGGAUGCUCCUCAUUAUUCACAUCCGACCAGCAUCUGGAUGCUCCUCAUCACAUCCGACCAACUUUAACAUCAUCCACAUAAGAGUCACAGCCAAACCUUUUGUUAUACUGUUACUCCUCUCAGUUCCAGACAGGACAGGUUAUACUGUUACUCCUCUCAGUUCCAGACAGCACAAGUUAUACUGUUAUUCCUCUCAGUUCCAGACAGGACAGGUUAUAUUGUUAUUCCUCUCAGUUCCAGACAGGUUAUACUGUUAUUCCUAUCAGUUCCAGACAGGACAGGUUAUACUGUUACUCCUCUCAGUUCCAGACAGGACAGGUUAUACUGUUACUCCUCUCAGUUCCAGACAGGUUGUACUGUUACUCCUCUCAGUUCCAGACAGGACAGGUUAUACUGUUACUUCUCUCAGUUCCAGACAGGACAGGUUAUAUUGUUCCUCCUCUCAGUUCCAGACAGGUUAUACUGUUACUCCUCUCAGUUCCAGACAGGACAGGUUAAACUGUUACUCCUCUCAGUUCCAGACAGGUUAUACUGUUACUCCUCUCAGUUUCAGACAGGACAGUUUAUACGGUUACUCCUCUCAGUUCCAGACAGGACAGGUUAUACUGUUACUCCUCUCAGUUCCAGACAGGACAGGUUAUACUGUUACACCUCUCAUUUCCAGACAGGACAGGUUAUACUGUUACUCUUCUCAAUUCCAGACAGGUUAUACUGUUACUCCUCUCAGUUCCAAACAGGACAGGUUAUACUGUUACUCCUCUCAGUUCCAGACAGGACAGGUUAUACUGUUACUCCUCUCAGUUUCAGACAGGACAGGUUGGUUAUACUGUUACUCCUCUCAGUUCCAGACAGGACAGGUUAUACUGUUACUCCUCUCAGUUCCAGACAGGACAGGUUAUACUGUUACUCCUCUCAGUUCCAGACAGGUUAUACUGUUACUUCUCUCAGUUCCAGACAGGUUAUACUGUUACUCCUCUCAGUUCCAGACAAGACAGGUUAUACUGUUACUCCUCUCAGUUCCAGACAGGACAGGUUAUACUGUUACUCCUCUCAGUUCCAGACAGGACAGGUUAUACUGUUACUCCUCUCAGUUCCAGACAGGACAUGUUAUACUCUUACUCCUUUCAGUUCCAGACAGGACAGGUCAUACUGUUACUCCUCUCAGUUCCAGACAGCUUAUACUGUUACUUCUCUCAGUUCCAGACAGGUUAUACUGUUACUCCUCUCAGUUCCAGACAAGACAGGUUAUACUGUUACUCCUCUCAGUUCCAGACAGGACAGGUUAUACUGUUACUCCUCUCAGUUCCAGACAGGUUAUACUGUUACUCCUCUCAGUUCCAGACAGGACAGGUUAUACUGUUACUCCUCUCAGUUCCAGACAGGACAGGUUAUACUGUUACUCCUCUCAGUUCCAGACAGGACAGGUUAUACUGUUACUCUUCUCAAUUCCAGACAGGUUAUACUGUUACUCCUCUCAGUUUCAGACAGGACAGGUUAUACUGUUACUCCUCUCAGUUUCAGACAGGACAGGUUGGUUAUUCUGUUACUCCUCUCAGUUCCAGACAGGACAGGUUAUACUGUUACUCCUCUCAGUUCCAGACAAGACAGGUUAUACUGUUACUCCUCUCAGUUCCAGACAGGACAGGUUAUACUGUUACUCCUCUCAGUUCCAGACAGGACAGGUUAUACUGUUACUCCUCUCAGUUCCAGACAGGACAGGUUAUACUGUUACUCUUCUCAAUUCCAGACAGGUUAUACUGUUACUCCUCUCAGUUCCAGACAGGUUAUACUGUUACUUCUCUCAGUUCCAGACAAGACAGGUUAUACUGUUACACCUCUCAGUUCCAGACAAGACAGGUUAUACUGUUACACGUCUCAUUUCCAGACAGGACAGGUUAUACUGUUACUCCUCUCAGUUCCAGACAGGACAGGUUAUACUCUUACUCCUUUCAGUUCCAGACAGGACAGGUCAUACUGUUACUCCUCUCAGUUUCAGACAGGACAGUUUAUACUGUUACUCCUCUCAUUUCCAGACAGGACAGGUUAUACUGUUACUCCUCUCAGUUCCAGACAAGACAGGUUAUACUGUUACUCUUCUCAAUUCCAGACAGGUUAUACUGUUACUCCUCUCAGUUCCAGACAGGACAGGUUAUACUGUUACUCCUCUCAGUUCCAGACAAGACAGGUUAUACUGUUACUCUUCUCAAUUCCAGACAGGUUAUACUGUUACUCCUCUCAGUUCCAGACAGGUUAUACUGUUACUCCUCUCAGUUCCAGACAGGACAGGUUAUACUGUUACUCCUCUCAGUUCCAGACAGGACAGGUUAUACUGUUACUCUUCUCAAUUCCAGACAGGACAGGUUAUACUGUUACUCUUCUCAAUUCCAGACAGGACAGGUUAUACUGUUACUCCUCUCAGUUCCAGACAGGACAGGUUAUACUGUUACUCCUCUCAGUUCCAGACAGGACAGGUUAUACUGUUACUCCUCUCAGUUCCAGACAGGACAGGUUAUACUGUUACUCCUCUCAGUUCCAGACAGGACAGGUUAUACUGUUACUCCUCUCAGUUCCAGACAGGACAGGUUAUACUGUUACUCCUCAGUUCCAGACAGGACAGGUUAUACUGUUACUCCUCUCAGUUCCAGACAGGACAGGUUAUACUGUUACUCCUCUCAGUUCCAGACAAGACAGGUUAUACUGUUACUCCUCUCAGUUCCAGACAGGACAGGUUAUACUGUUACUCCUUUCAGUUCCAGACAGGACAGGUCAUACUGUUACUCCUCUCAGUUCCAGACAGCUUAUACUGUUACUUCUCUCAGUUCCAGACAGGUUAUACUGUUACUCCUCUCAGUUCCAGACAGGACAGGUAAUACUGUUACUCCUCUCAGUUCCAGACAAGACAGGUUAUACUGUUACUCCUCUCAGUUCCAGACAGGACAGGUUAUACUGUUACUCCUCU